UGUUUUGUGUGUGACUGUCUGAUGUUUACUUGCUUAUUUUUUUAGACAAUCUCCGUCUCUGUGUCAGUCCUGACACUGAGCUGCAUUGCGCAAGACCGCUGGUACGCCAUCUGCCACCCGCUGAUGUUCAAAAGCACUGCCAAGAGGGCUUGCAAGAGCAUUAUUAUCAUCUGGGUGGUGUCGUGCAUCAUCAUGAUCCCCCAAGCCAUCGUGAUGGAGAGCAGCAGUCUGCUGCCGUCCCUCACAAACAAGACCAGUUUGUUCACCGUGUGUGAUGAACACUGGGAAGCUGAGAUCUACCCAAAGGUCUAUCACAGCUGUUUCUUCAUUGUCACAUACUUUGCCCCCUUAUGUCUCAUGGUGUUGGCCUACAUCCAGAUCUUUCACAAGCUGUGGUGUCAACAGAUUCCUGGCAGCACAUCAGUGUUGCAGAGAAAGUGGAAGACCAUGCAGUGCUCGGCGGCCCCUGCGGGGCCGGGGGAGUCUGUGCGGGUCAAGACCAGCACCGUUUGUGCUGAGAUCAAACAGAUCCGGGCACGGCGCAAGACGGCUCGUAUGCUGAUAGUGGUACUCUUUGUGUUUGCUCUGUGCUACUUGCCGAUCAGCGUACUCAAUGUGAUGAAAAGAGUCUUUGGGACCUUCAAGAACACGAGUGACCGACAGACAGUGUAUGCUUGGUUUACCUUCUCACACUGGCUCAUAUAUGCCAACAGUGCACUCAAUCCCAUUAUCUACAAUUUCCUCAGUGGGAAGUUCCGUGAAGAAUUCAAAGCAGCCUUUUCUUGCCAUUGUCACGUUCCAGGCCAAGAGAGACCGAAGAGAAUAAGCGCCCGAAUGAGCACAGACAGUCGAAAGUCACUGUCCACUCAUGUUCACAACAUGGACAAUGUGUCACACAUAUCAGAUCAAAUGGUGUAAGAUCAUCAGCAGAUUGCGGACUCUCUUUUCAUGCCCAGUGUAAGGCCGUGAAUCAGCGCAGGGGUGAGCUAGACUAAAUGUUGGUAUUUUCGCAGACCCGUACAGCAUGGCCCAUUUUAAAAAGCCCUUUUGCCUUUGUAGGCGGGAACACAGGUGACUUGUUUUGCUGCCAUUUGAAAUGGCCUCUCUCAUUACCUGUAAAUAUUGAUGUAUGAACGUUUUUGGGUUUUUUUUUUUUUUUGCUUUUUACUUCCUGUCCGCCACUUUGUAUGCAGCUAUGGUUGUUUUUAAAGUUGAGUUGAGUUACAGUAAAUGCCGCGAGGCACACUGAUAGUCCUUGACACGGCAAAAGAAAACACUGAUUUGCCCGGAUCCUGUCGCAGGCCGAGGUGCUCAAAGAACAUAUAUAAGAAACUACAAGCCGACCUCAACGGGUGGACGAUAUUCAUUCGGCUAUUGGAAGACCACAGAGCUGUGAAGUGGGCACUGGGAUAACCAACCGCAUGUUUCUAACUGCAUCAAGCUGCGUGCAUCUCCGAAAAUACCAACACUUGGUGUAGAUGGCCCUUGGCAUAGUUCGACCGCGUUUCGCACCUGACUUGUGCUUGGCACGAAUAUAGAGCCCUGACAUUAUAGUACACGGUCACUUUACAGAUUAUAUAUGGUUAACGGCUACUCUAUCUGUUAUGAAGAUUGGACAAAAUGAGUACCGAUACGACCUGUUACACAUCUACCUCGAUGAAAGCAAUUUACAUUGGAUUUAAUUCGGUUUGUAUUUCAAAGUAAAAGGGAUAAUUCUUUGUCAUCAUUAAAGUAAUAAUCCCUGAACCAAAUCGCUGAGUAGAGUCCCUCCUUGGCUGGGUUUGUGUUGCCCCAAACAUCUUUGAUGAGAUGCAAUUUCAAAUUCAUUCAUUCAUUCAUUCAUUUUCCAAUCCGCUUAUCCUCACAAGGGUUGCGGGGGCAAUUUCAAAUUAAAUUAGAAAUUUGAAUUGAUAGGGACCAAUGAUCUUUAAAAAGUUCAAAAUGUUUAGGACCUUGCUUGCAGGCUUUUUGGUUCAUCGGAGGACAUGCUAAAAGCUCGUGCUCUGAAUGAGAUGUUUGUCGAAACUUUUGUGUCCAAACUUUUUCUUUGUUCAUGUCAAUGUUUCACCUUUUUUUGUUUGAUAUGCUUCUACUGGGUGUUUUAGUGUCAUCGCUGUACACUUGACAUCACCAAGGUUACUUGCUGACUUUGUUGCGAAUCUGUUAUGUGUUAAUCUGUUUUAAAAAAAGAGAUUAUUUGUACUGCUUUGUACUUUUUGGAAACUAAAUCCUGCUGUUGUCUUACUUAGUGAA